UCGGGCAAUAGCGAAAAGGAUUGGGAAAUAUUCGACAUACUCUGCGGUGAAGAGCAGAAAAUGCCAAAACAUCACACACCACACUCACCGGUACACCACCACCAUCACCAUGCUUCGGCAUCCUGCAACGAUCAUCUGGCGCACUCGAUCGACCUGGCGACGACGCUCCGGAGUGAGCUGGCCGCGUCUACGUACAAGCGGGACCGCCUAAUGGCGGAGCUGGCCGACGUGAAGAGCUCCCUGUGUGCGAAGGAGGGCGAGUGCGAGUCGUUGAGGGCCCAAGGGGCACGCCAGUCGUCACUGAUCAGCUCGCUCCAGCAGCGCCUGGCAGCGACGGAGCAGCGCGAGAAGACGCUCCACAGUCGCAGCGAAACGGUCGUCCACACGCUGAACCGCGAUAAGGGUCACCUGGAAGACAAGAUCAAGGAGCUCGGCACGAAGCUGACGCGCGUGCAGUGUGAGCUGACGAAGGAGGAAGGCUUCCGGGAUCAGGCGCGCUGCCAGCUGCAGGACCUGAUCCGCCGGCUCUGUCUGGUGCUGGGGGUGGACGUGUGCGACGGGGCGCACCUCACGCCCGACUGUGUGCUGUCGAAGGCGGGCGAAACCGUGUCGGAGGUGCAGCGGUUGCGGGCCAAGCUGUCCGGGACCUGCGAGAACCUCUCGUCGGCCGAGUCGGAGCUGAUCAGCACGAAGGCGUCGGCGUCGGCGGAGAAGAGCCGGCUCCACACGCAGAUCGAGGCACUCCAGUCGCUGGCCCAGGGACUCGAGGGCCGCUGCCGGCAGGCGGAGCGUGACCUACAGGUGACCCGCGACCGGCUGGCAGAGUGCGAGGUGAACGGGGACAAACUGAGAGAGGAACUCCGAGGGUUCGAGUCGCGCUGCUGCCGGCUGCAGAACAGCUACGAUCGGCUGCAGACCGAGCGGCUCCAGUUUCUGCGGACGAUCGCCACGAUCGUCGGAGUGGGCGAGCCGUGUGAGAACAACGUGCGGGACAAGGUGCGGGACAUCACCAACCACAACCAGGCGCUACACGAUCAAGUGGCGCAAUUGCGGGAGCAGCAUCAUCAUGAGGUGGUGAAACACCGGGACCACCAGGAGAACAGUGCGUGCCGGCUGAAGAACGAGGAACAGCACCGAUUGAACCUGGAGGAGCGCCUGGAGAAGGCGUGCCACGAGCUACAACACUUCCGCACCGAGCACACCACGCUCAGCGAGUACCUGGUGCGCCUGGCAAGGGCACUGUGUUGGAGUGAGUGCACGGAGCCACCCGCUCCGGGCAGUGACACGACGAUCCUGAGCGAGACGCUGCUGGAGCGAGCGGAGCGACUGGCGACCCAUCACGAGCACCACACGCACGGAACCUGUGACAAGAGCUGUUGGGAGGCCAUCAACCACCAUCAUCAUCAUCAAUCGCACUCCUCGCACCACACACACAGCCAUCCGCCGAAGCUGCGUCGGGAACGGUCCUGCACGGACAUACCGCUCAAGGAAAGCUCCUCCCUGUAUCAUAUGCAGCGCAAGGUGCGCGUCCUGAAGGAGCAGAUACAGCGCCGGGAUCUGCACUUGGAGCUGCUGCGACGCAAGAUUGCGCUACUCGAGGAUAACGCGCGGGGGAAGGCCACGCUACAAACCGAACGGGAUGAGGCGAUGCAUAAGGCGCGCAAGAACUCGAAGCACGCCGAACGGACCUCGCAACAGCUGGGGGAGGUAAAGUCCCAGCUGGCGGAAGUGAAGCACCAGCUGAAUGAGGCCUCCGAGUACAAGAUCACGGCCCUCGAGCGGGCCCGCAAGUGCGACGAGCUGCAGUCCCGGUGCUGUGAGCUGGAAACGGAGCGGGAGCGGCUGGUGGGGCAGCUGGCGGCGUACAAGUCACGGGCCAGGUCCGCGGUCGAGACAUCGCACGAUCGGCGCGUACGGGACGAGCACACGCUAUCGCAUCUUCGGGAGGAGCUAACCCGGAUCAAGUCGCAGCUGGCCGACACCAACCACCGGCUGUCGCAGCUGCAAGUCUUCCGGACGUCCGUGGCCAAGCUGCUGCACGCUUCCGACUGCGCGGACUCGGACAUCCUGCAGAAGCUGCAGUCGGUGUGCAGUGGCCAGCAUCUUCAUGGCCAUCAUCACCACCACCGGCACCACAGUGCGUCGAACCUGUCGCGCCGUUACGACUCAUCGUCUCCGUUGGCCGGCGAUCUGGCUCACGGGCCACGGUACGACGACCUCGGGACGGCGACCGGCGGUGGUUCACAGUCGCUGGGCUGCCGACCGCUCAGCUCCAGCCCGGUGCACGGUCACCGGUACAUCGAUUCGGGUUUCAACGAUCACGACCACCACUUUGACGAUGAUUUCGAUUUUCACAAAAAAUAUUGA